AUGGUAUCGGCUCAAAACAAUAGUAUAACUACCACAACUGCUGGAACUACCACAGCUACGAGAACUAUAAUGACCACUGCUCGAAAUAAUAGUACAACUACCACAGUUGCUGGAGCUACUACGACUACUGCUGGAAAUAGUGGUACAACAACUACAACUGCUGGAAAUAAUGGUACAAUAACUACAACUGCUGGAACUACUACGACCACUGCUGGAAAUAAUGGUACAACCACUACAGCUACG